AUGGAUAAGUGGCUGAAAACUGGAACUCAUAAGAGAGCUGCAGUUAGCAUUGAAAUCCACCCUGCUGAUUUGGCAGCUGCAAGUAUUUCGAAGCAGUCUGAUGAUUUACAAGCACAAGAUGACCAGGAUGCAGCGACUGAUAGGCCUGUUCUUGAAAGUAAUAAUCAGUCGGGACCAAGUAAAUUUGAAAAACAAGACAAGUUUCCUUGGCCAGAGUGGAAUGAUGCUGACAUCAAUGGUGAGGUAUGGGAUGCGACAAAGCCAGGUAAAGAGAGAGAAAAGGCAAGCAAAAUCCCCAUUGUUCACUUUUUUAAUGAUCCUAAAGGAAAAAUCCAGAUGCCACCAUCCGUUACUGUCCACACAUGGAGACGUCCCACUGAUUUCAUAGUGGACAAGACACCUGUUGUUAUAGAAAACCAAACCUGGUUUGAUUUGGUUUCUUCAAAUGUACACUUACUUGGCAGUGAAAUGUUGAGGAGGAUAAUCUGCGACAUCUGCACUCUCUGGAGAUCCUGCAAUGGGAUUUUGACAACUGAAGGAAGAAGCAGGAUGAUGGAUCAUUCAACUCUUUCAUGGAAACCUUGGGAACAUAUUUAUUCCCUCUGCAAGGUCAAGAAGGGUCACAUAGCACAGUACAACUUUUAUGGGAAAUAUGUAGUAAAGCUUUAUUGGAUGGGGUGCUGGCGAAAGAUUAUAAUUGACGACACUGUUCCAUUUGAUAAUAACAACAAAAUGUUACUGCCAGCUACAUCCUGUGACACGGAAUUAUGGCCGAUUCUGUUGGCCAAGGCGAUCAUCAAACUGACAAAUGUAGAUAUGAGUAAGGAUAGAAAAAGUGAGCUUGGAGAACUUUCAGUUGUGCAUACUCUCACUGGGUGGUUCCCUGAAACUGUUCCUCUCAGUGCAGGAUAUUUAAACCAAGUCUGGAGUUUUCUAAAACAAACAGUUCCACCAGAGACCAUAGAAGAGAGUAGUUCAUUGAUUAGAUCUUUGUCUAAAUCGAACAAUGUAAGUAGUCCACGUCCAGAAAUUAAGAGUGGCGCGGUGACCUCUGCUGAAUCUGGGCCCUUGAUUACAAAUAGUAAACCUGCAGAGGAUGAAAAUGUGAUAGAUGAUGUUCAGGCAGGCUCGUCAUCCUCCAGUGAGACUGAGGAUGAUCAGCCAGGCAUGGGGACUAAGGAAGGGGUAAAGACUCCACGGAUGGCUGUUUAUGCCAGCUUCUUGUCAUCUCAUUUGACCGAGAAGAAAAUUCCUGGUCUUGAAGAGGCAAGUGAUUUCAAAGAGAAACUACAGAAUUAUGGCCUUCCAUCUAAUUGGAAUCAUGCAGUGUUAGUGACUAAAACUAGAUCUUUCACAACCGCUUCUGUUCCUUCUCAGUCUUUGUCAUUUUCCACCUGGAAGGCGAUACGUAGAAUUAAAUCUGCAGGGAAGCAAGAACGCUUUGUUGAAAUUGUGAGUCCUUUCCUCAACUAUGGCAGAGAACCCAUGGCAGGGACAUCAGUGAAACCUGCUGAACAGGAGAUGGAUAACACCAAAGAGAAAGUGAAUGAUAUUGAGGCCGUGACAGCUGGAAAUUCUGCAGAGAAACCACAAACGGGUCACUCUGGGCAAACUGUCAGUUCAGAUAAUAUCUCGACUCGGGAGGUAUCCGUUACUCCUCCUUUAGAACAGCAGAGACCUCAGAACACUUGGGUUACCUUUGAGGAUUUCUGUACGUGUUUUCCAACUUUGUUAGUGUACCACAUGCCCGCAACAUACCAGCACUCUGCCCAAAAGUCGGAUUUAAGGUCUGUUGAGGAAAAGAGGUGCACCUUUCUUUCUGUAGACAACUUGCAACCAACAGAAAUUGUCACCUGUUUUUCUCCUUUUUCCAACUGGAAAGAGCCUGAGAGCAACGAAACGGGUGGUCUGCUCACCGCAGAACCGUUUUCAUGGAAAAACGUGGCCACAUACAUGCCCAUUCUGCAAAUUAAUACUUGUGCAACCAAAGCGGCCCUGGUCAUGCUGCCCGCCGGCCGUCAUGUGUUACGAUUUACGGCGAGAUGCCCCCAAGGGUACCACAUUCAUCUCUGUAGUACUGUUCAAUUCGCUUUUGGUGAGGAGGAACUUGUCAUGCCAUUUCUGGCACAAGAAAGCCAAAACUUUAUCGAACAAGCAACAGCCAUCCUGAAGGCUGUCAGGAAUGUUAUCGAUAAUUUUAGCAAUGAAGAUGAACUUUUGCAGGCCCAGAAUGAUCUUGAAGCUGCUCACUGCCCCUUGCAACUGAAUGACCCGGAGGCAGUCAAAGAACACUUUGAAGCCUUCAACGGUGCUUUGUACUACACCAUAACCAAAGCUCUAGCAAACAGCAACGUCCAAGAUAUGACAUUUGCCAUUCAAGCCUUAACUUACAAUGAUUCCACGGCGACCUAUUUCAAAGGUAACCCAAGAUCCUCUGAGGUGAAUGUAGAUGUUCCUCCACAGUGGAUUAACAGAGUGGCAACUGCAGAAGAAGUACAGGCUGUGAUUGUCAUACAGGCAGCAUGGAGAGAAUAUUAUGGUAGUAAACUGAUGAAGGCAAGAAAUGUGAAGACAAAAGAGAACAAAAGAGCAGUGCAGGCACUGCAGAAAAUCAAGUCUGCACUAGAUGCAAAUUUUGAGGAGCAUUCUGUUACUCUGCUAAGAUAUCUUUUCAAAAGUAAUGUGCAGUCAAUCCAUCUGUACCCAUGCUAUGAGGAUGAGUGGACCAAGGUUUCAUUUGCUGACUAUGUAGUAACCUAUCCUGAUAAACCAGCAAACUCCUGGUUUUUGGUCUUUAGGGAAGUGUUUGCUUUCCCUGAAGACAUGGUUAUUGUGCCACAUAUAUACUCCAAUGUGCCAGCCAGUAUUCUUCACGUGUUUGAAAAUGAUACUGGAGAAGAAGUAGAGAGGAUCUUCCAGAAAGUUCAGCCACAUUUCUACUCCAAAAACAAAACCUAUACGUUCAUGGCAGAAGCUGCUUCUGGGGAUUCAGCUAUUACUGCUGGAGAGUGGAAAAUGCGCCUAGUUGGCUCUUGUCUUCCUUUGCCAGUUCCUUGCAAAAAUACCAUAAACCACCUGUUUUUGGUGAAAGAGUACAAAGAUUAUUAUAUCCCAAAUGAUAGACAGCUCAUUUGCCGGGUCUUUGUCACUGUAACUGUAAAACACUUCACCACUGUUCAGAUCCAGACAUCCCAAUCUGAUGUCUAUAUCAAGCUACAGAUACUUGAUAAUGAAGAAGAGGUGGCAUCUACCAUUCGUAAAGGUUGUGCUGUUAUUCCAGUAUUUACAUUUUGGCCAAAUGAAACGCCGUCCUCAACAUCAAGUGAAGGCACCGCUGCAGUCAGAAAAGUGGAAAGAAGCACCUCUGGUAGAAGCCAAGGCCAAGCCGAUGCGUCUAACUCUGUAUCAAAAGAUGCGGUGGUCACAAAGUCAAAGAAUCACAAAUAUGUCGUUCAGGCUUCUGUACUGCACAAAAGUUGGACCCUAACUGAUGACCAGCAAGCCUUUGUAAAGACAUUAAAAGAACAGCAAAAAAAUGAAAUUAAAGUACAUGGUAAAAAACCAGAGGAAGUACCAGAAGAAAAGCCAGCAGAUACACCUAGCCUAACACCCAUCUUACCUCAGAAAGUCACAAAGGGCUCCAUUGCAGCCUUUAAGAGGAUUAAAGACAAGCCUUUGGAAAAGCCUUUGGAUAAAUUAAAGUUUAGCAAAGAGGCAGAAACUCCUGUGCGGAAACCAGACUCCAAAUUGUUUUCCUCAUCCAACCUACAGCAAUUGUUCCGAAAGGCAAAUGUCUCACCAGUUGUUGUCAGGUCACCUUCACCCAGUAGUCUCUGGAAACAACGGAAAACUCCAAGUGUCCAGCCAGAAGCGGAAAGUGAAAAAGAGUCUUUUGAUGUCACUAAGGCCUAUUGGAGCCUUCACAUUGUGUGUGAUCCUAAUGAUUCAGACUCAAUAGUAUUAAAAAAAGACACUGAACGAGUUGAGGAAAUCCGGGCCAUGAAGCUGGCAUGGGAAUCUGCCGAGCCAGGAAGAGCUAAGAAGGCUAUGCUUGCUCGUCUUCAGUAUAUUAAACAACUCCCACAAAAAGUACUUUUUGGUAACAUCAGAAAGGCCAUAACUGGCAGCACUGCCGUGGCAGGUAGUUCUGGAAGUGUUACAGACCGAAAAACUUCGGAUCAUGCUAAAGAUGAGGAUGCCAAGCUGCCUGCGGAAUUUACUGUUUUCUUUAGGAAAACCGUCACAGAGCCCAUUUUUAGAGACAAAUCUGUUACUGAGCAGCAAACCAGAGAACACUGUGAGAAAAUGGAUCGCUUCAAGAAAAACCGAGAGAUGAUCCUCAACCAAAGAGAGCUAGAGAAACAAUCGAGGGGCCAGCUGAAACACAAACAAAUGGAGAUGUAUGAACAAUUUCAAACCACGUUAGACGAGAAAAGGGAAAAGAUUCUUGAAUGUCGAGAAGAAUUCCGACAGACACAGAUCACAAACCUAAAGCAUCAAAUGAGUGAAGAAGCUGUACCCCCACCAGAAGAGGGAGUGAAACCAGCGAAAAUGACGUCUAUAUCCCAGCAGAAGAGCCCCAAGGGAGGAAAAAAGAAAUGA